AUCAUGGUGCAUUUUACCAGCGAGGAGAAGAAUGCUGUCACUAGCCUGUGGUGCAAGUUGAAUUUGGAUGAGGCUGGUGGUGAGACCCUGGGAAGGCUUUUGUGCGUCUACCCUUGGACCCAGAGGUUCUUUGAUAGCUUUGGCAACCUGUCCUCUUGCUCUGCCAUCAUGGGUAACCCCAAGGUCAAAGCCCAUGGUAAGAAUGUGCUGACUUCCUUUGGAGAAGCUGUUAAGGACAUGGAAAACCUCAAGAGUACCUUUGCUAAGCUGAGUGAGCUGCAUUGUGAUAAAUUGCAUGUGGAUCCUGAGAACUUCAAGCUCCUGGGAAAUGUAUUGGUGAUUGUUAUGGCUACUCAUUUUGGCAAGGAAUUCACCCCUGAAGUGCAGGCAGCUUGGCAGAAACUGGUGUCUGGUGUUGCCACUGCUCUGUCCCUCAAGUACCACUGA